AUGAUUGACGACAACAUCAAUGUGGAGAUUGACGGCCCGGAGUUGGAGGAGGACCGGAAUCAGGAAACGCCCCCAAAGAAGCCCAAAAGAUUCCAGUGCAAACACUGUCAAAGGCUGUUUGCGCGUCUAGAGCAUCUUCAACGGCACGAACGCACUCAUACCCGAGAGAAACCUUUUGCCUGUAACCAAUGCGACAGCAAAUUCACAAGAAGUGACCUUCUGGUUCGACAUGAGAGACUCAGUCACGACGCUGAACGCUGGGGAAGAAAUGGUCGAAAUAGCCAGAGCAAUGGUGCUGCCAGUUCAACACCAUCAUCAACAAGUCGAAAACGACGGAACACCGAUGAACACCACGCUUUGGAUCUCCCAGACCCUCCCAGCAUGACCUCCAGCGAUUUCAACGCCUCCCAAAGCAUUGUUCCUAGCUACCUACCUGCAAAUUCGAAUCAGAACACGAGCAGCACGCCAAAUGGUCAUGACCUUUCCUUUGCAACGUUGCUCAUGGCUGCGGAGCAUGCUCGACCGCAGGAUACCCAGGCUCAUGCUCCUCUGCGACAGUCAAACCCUCUCGCAACUCCCAUGUUUCCUGUACAGGACCAGUUCCUACCCGAACCGACCCCGCAGGAUUCCAUUCCAGCUCCAGCAGAUCAGGUCAAUGGCAUUGUGGGAUUCGAUUUCGAGGACUCUCUUCAAGAUCUGGCAAACUUCAUGGACAAUGGCGCUUUAUCCUCUUAUCAUUUUUCGUCGAUGAUCAGCGCCGAACAGCCCAUUCCCUUCUUCUCACCAGAGUCCUUCACCCACGCAACCGACGUGCUUCCAACCACCGAGCCCCGUCAGAUCUCACGCCCUGUAUCUCGUCCACUCCCAAAUCCAGAUCAUCCCGAAGAUUCGGGUUCCUUCUCGCGCUUCGGGUCACGUCUGCCGUCGCUGCAACCGGAAGAAAGUCCUUCGGCACCACAGAGCGAGCAGAACAGCGUCCAUCGUCCAUUAUCCGACCUCAACGUCGAGGACCGGCAAAAUGUCUCGUUGAAGUUGGCGGAGUUUGCCCACGUGGUGCCCAACAGCUUUCAGCUCCCUUCCCGGCUAGCGUUAUCAAGAUAUCUGGCCGGCUAUGUCAAUGGCUUUCACGAACACCUACCAUUCCUCCAUAUUCCCACCUUAUCUGUGAAUAAUAGUUGCAUCGAGCUUAUCUUGGCAAUGGCAGCAGUCGGCGCACAAUACUGCUUCGAGGGCCAAAAAGGUGUCGAGUUGUUUUCUGUCAGUCAAUCAAUAGCCAUGCAACGCAUCCGCCAGAGGGACGCCAGAUUAGCAGCCUUCCAUCGGUCGGCAGAGAUCUCGCCGCAAUAUUCCGGGCAUGGGAAAUCUAGCGAUUUGGUGACAGGAGAAACACCUCGCAGUGGCUCCAUGUCAGGGUGCUUGGGCCUGCCGUCUCAGCCAGACUUCGACUCUGGCUUGCAGAAGGAAGAUCUGAUGCAAACAGCACAGGCGCUGCUGUUGCUCAUGGCGAUGGCUACCUGGGCUAAGCACCGGGAAAUUCUUCGUGAGGCGCUUGCGAUACAGAGCGUCCUAGCGACACUGGUGAGGGACGACGGUUUCAAGAGUCAGCCAAUGCCCGAAGACAUUAGUUGGACAGAUUGGAUCCGACGGGAGACGACCAAACGCACCAAGUUUAUCGUCUUCUGCUUUUUCAAUCUGCAGACCAUUGUUUACAACGUACCUUCGCUUAUAUUGGCAUCCGAAGUUGAUCUCACCUUACCUUGUAACGCCGCGGAAUUCAAAGCGCCAACCGCAAGCAAAUGGAAGGAGGUACGGGCUCGCUCAACCCCGGAGAUCAGCUUUCAGACAGCCUUGCAUCGCUUGUUCUCCCGGAAUAGUAACGAUGUGAGCACAUACAAUUCUUCAGUGGGCAACUAUGUCCUCGUACAUGCACUGUUGCAACAUAUAUUUUUCGUCCGCCAGAUCUCUCGAUAUCGACUUGACAACGACGGCGAUUUACGAUCUGAUGACGUCGCCGCCAUAGAGCAGGCCCUGAGAAAUUGGCAAUUGGCAUGGAAACGCAAUCCCGAAUCGUCCCUUGACCCCAUGAAUCCGAACGGACCAGUAACUUUCAACUCGACUGCGCUCCUACGCCUUGCCUACAUUCGCCUCAAUGUUGACUUAGGGCCCGGACGGGCGCUCGAUACUCGCGACCCUAUUCAAAUUGCCAACGCCUUUCGGGACAGCCCUUCCGUCAAGCGGACACCAAAGCUCGUCCGAGCAGUCCUACACUCUGCUCAUGCUCUAAGCAUUCCAGUCAAGAUCGGUAUCCACCUUGUUGCACAGACGCAGACCUUCAUGUGGUCCAUCCAGCAUUCUUUGUGCACACUGGAGUGCGCUUUCCUGCUAAGUAAAUGGCUGGAAGCAUUGAGCCUGCCAAACUCGGGUCCAGCGAUAACGAAUGACGAGCGGAAAAUAGCGACUUUGGUCAAGACUAUGCUGGACGAGACAGAGUUUGCGAUGCCUGUCGAUGUGGCCAUCGAGUCGCCUGCUGCAAUGAAAUACCUCAGCGCGGGCGUGCUGAGGGUAUGGGCACAGGUGUUUCGCGGCGCUCAGACAUGGGCAAUUGUCGACGUCAUUGGAACGAGUCUCAACAUCUACGCUGAUAUGCUCGAAGCAGGAUGA